AUGGUCAAAGGAAAUAAUAGAUACCAUAUUCCCGUGUUUGGUGUCUCUGGCUAUGGUAAGACCCGUGCUGUGAUCGAGCUCCUGUCUCAGCACUGGGGGUUCUACUUCAACGCUGCCGAUGACGACUGGGGGUCAGGCGAUAUGAUGACACUUUACAACACGGUUCGCAGUUACUUAAAGGAUAUCCAGGUGUCCUCCGCUGUGGAGGACCGUGAAAUCAACAACCUCUUUGCACGGAAGACAACACUCUUGCUGUUUCUCUCUCGGCUCCUCAUCUUCAAGUACUGCAUAAGCGUCCCCGGCAGCAGUGAAACCUUUACCAGCGCACGAUGGGCUCUCCUGCAAGUGUGUCCGCAUGUUCUAUUCAAGGACAUGUUCAACGAACUGUUCCUCAAACUCCUCAACCUUCAGCAUCAUGGAGAACUCCCUCUUUCACUGCUAAUCCGAAAUGUGUACGAGGAUACAAAGGAUCGCCUUAUCGUGCGCGGAUGUCUACCAAAGAUCAAGGAUGGGACCAAGCUCCUAGUCAUUAAUGACGAGGCACAGUUCCUUGGCGACCAGUUCAAUGGCUUCUUCCAGUCGAAGUCUCCUUCGGAUGACUUUUUACGACCGCUACUGUCCCCAAUUCUACACGCAUUUCGAGACAUCGGGAAGGAUCAGUUCACGCUUGUCACCUGUGGUACUGGCUUAUCAAUUAAUACCCUUUUCUGGGUUCAAAGCUCUGGCUCAGAGCUGAAGGAUGAUUCGAAAAACUUUGAGUACAUGGAGUUCCCCGGAUUUACCGAUCUCGAGUCGAUCAAGGCGUACAUGUCUCGAGUGCGGAGGUGCCUGUUGGAUGACGAAUCAAGGCGGGUCUUUGACGAGCGCCUUCCUCAGGAUGCGCUCGACAUGCUGUUUGACAAGUUUGUAGGCCGCUAUCGACCAGCAAUCGUUGACAAGCUCGUUGCAUGGAAGUACAGGACCAUCAAAGGCAAUCUCUGCCGCGAGCUCAACCGCCUAGACCAAAAGCACAAAGACACGCACCAUAAUGCGGACACGCACCAUAACGCGUCUCAAUAUACUGUCCUUGACAUUCUCCGCAAGUACUUUUAUAACCGAUGCUUUCGGGGCGAACACAGGCUCGAGGACGACAGCGUCAAUGCAUCCUUGGUAGAAUGCGCCUUUGGUCGGAUCAAUGUCGUCAAUCGUAACGCCGUCACCGUCGUUGACGAGCCCUUCGUUUUCAAGGCAGUGGAAAACUACUUCUCUGCGACGGACCCAGGCUUUCAAACGGCUCUCAGAGGGUUGAUGGAUCGGACAGACGCAGCCGCUAAAGGAAACCUCUUCGAGCGAUAUAUGAUGACCGUUUUCAGCAAGACAUUCAAGUCGCGACGUCUCUCUGAUUGGCCGCAUCAGCCCCCGGUCGUGCAGAUGUGCCCUGAUCUUGUCGGCGAGGUGGAUAUUGUUGGCUGGACAGAACCUGCACUCCUGCAAGGUACGACUCAUGCGAUGAUGUCGAUGGAGGAGUUUAUGGACGCACAUGUCAACCACCAUUCGACUCGCAACAACACGCCUGUCGCUCCAUUCUUCUUCCCUAAACACAAACCGUCGGGACCAGACAUGGUGUUCUUCAUCCGAAUCGACGGUCGCAGGAUAAUGCCUGUCUUUUGUUCAGCCAAACUCUACAAUAAGCUCUGGGAAAAUGCACUGACCACGGUUUCGGCGUCUUGCAUUCAGGCCCAUGCCAAAGAUUUCAAGUGCUUCUGCCCUGACAACAUCUACAUCAGCAUGGUCGUAGCCUACCCCAUGGUAUGUGGUGCCAGGUUGCCGGCCGUCGAAGUUCCCGAGAAGGACGCGCGUGGCGUGCAACAGGUAGUGAUACGUGUCUGCAACACCAACUUUGGCCAGAUCUUUCCCGAAGAGCAUGUCAAGUUCAUUGACAGACUCAUGAACGCCGGAAAACGAGCAGCCAACGACGGUGGCAAUGAUGAUGAAGAUCAGGUGGCCACCCUUAGGGCUCUGGUCAACUCUCACAUCUCCCAACCUACCACCACUCCUACUCCCACCACUAUCGACGUACCACGCACGCAACUGCUGGUCAUCUCUGAGAAAGUCCAAGAGCUCAUCCCAGCCAUCUCUGGACAACAUUUCUUCUUUCCUCCUGCCGACCCCGACGAGGACACCAUCUCUCCUGACGAUUUGCACUUCCCUAAGAACCCUCACCAGCAGUACACUGCCCCGGGCUGGGAUCUCCCCUUCCCUGUCGACCGGUCUUCACCUUAUUACCAUCAGGAACAAACUCUGGUCAGGAUUAUCGAACGCCAAGCUCAGUCCACUCGGCCCCUCGACGACUUUGCCAUCGAUUUUUUCGCCAACGUCACUGACCCCACUGCAAGGCAAACAGUGGCAGACUUUAUUCAAAUCAUGCGCAGUAAUUUGGCCAACAACGCCAGAGAAGUACAAGAGCUUCGCAACAACAACUAUCUCCGCGCCAAGGGACUCCAGCCUAUACCGGACAUCUCUCAAGAGGUCAUCAAAGCCAACAUCAAAGCAGCUGAGGAAUAUGCCAAGGCUCUCCCCGCCAAGAAGCCAGCCAACGGAGGAUCGGGCCGAGGAGGCAAAGGCCAUCGCGGCGGCGGCCGCGGUUGGGGCGGCAACAACUUCCAAUACGGCCAGCAACAGCGACCCCAGUACCAACAGCAAUACCAGCAACAUUCGCAAUACCAACAAUACGCUCCAGCGUAUCCUCCAGCGCCCCCGCAGCAGCAACAACAAUUUGCCUUCCCGAACCAAGGCUUCAACGAUUGGAACGGCCAUGGACAGUUCCAAGGACAGGGUUUUCCCAGGGGCAACCGCGGACGGGGACGCGGCCGAGGCCAGAGCUCCCAAUAG